AGUUAAAGGAUGUGAAGUCCAGGCCGCGCUUUGCCAUUGCUCUUGCCGCAGCAUAGCGAGCGCCGCUGCUUCCUUCACUAUACGUGGGUAGGCGCAGAUGCUGGGGCAAUCCAGACCGGAUUUUGUCUCCGCCCCAGCGGCGCAGCCAGAGACUCCCGGGCUGCUUGCCUACAGUGGGGUGUUUCAAAUCUCAGCGAGGGAACGAAGAUCUAACUGAGGGGCUGCAAGAGGAGAUAGCGGAAUGGAGUCUAAUGCCGUCUAGCCCGGGAUCAAGAUGCAGGCAGCAAUCAUGUGCUGGAAUCCUGCUUGUCUCUAAAUCUCCAUGGCAACAGCACAGGCCUCUCAUGUGACCUGUGACCCCAGCCAUUGUCUCUUUGAUCCUUACUCUCUGGAUUCUGAGCUUGACAACGACUUCAGCAUGGGCAGCGUGGGUAGCCUAGUAGAGAAACAGGAUUUCUCACCAACUACUCUGGGCAGUCUGCGAGGGAUGCGUCAGCCAGACGGGUUGCUCCGGAAAGGAAUGUCCCAGCGCGAAGUCUUUGGCUACUUACAUGGGGGAAAACGGGACACUUGGGCUGAGAAGAAGCACCAAUCAUCAGGCGGUGGCUUCAAAAGGGACUACGAGAGCGACCGGGAGAACCAGUCCCCUGAGCGGUACUUCCGGAACAAUCAACGGGGAGCCGAUUUCUCCAAGAGCUCUUUGCCUGAACGUGGACGCUUUGACAAGUGUCGGAUCAGACCCUCGGCCUUCAAGGUGGUGGCUGGGAAGAGCUUAUUGUCCAUGCCUGGGCUGUCAUCAGCCAAAGGGCAGAAGCUGUCAAAGAGCAAUGGGAGUUUGCACACGCUCUUGACACAGAGCAGCACUAGCAGCUCCUCGCAGCGUGGCCCCCUGCGCAGCCACUUGCUGCACACCAUCAGCCUGGACGAGAGCACCAACUCUAUCCAAAGCUUCCCCACGUACAAUCCCCGUUUCAAACCUGCUCCAAGCCAGCUCAGUGCUUCCGUAGGCCACAUCAACCACAUUGGUGGUUCCUUAGACAGGGCCUCUCGGGGACCACGGGAUCCUUUGGCUGUAGAGAAAGCACCUCUGUCUUGCAAGAGCCUGAGCCGGCUGCAGAGCUCUGGGGAACCAACCCCUCCAUAUGAGCCCACAUAUUCCUUGGAAGAUGUGGUGAAGCAACUUGAGGACCAGCUGAGUAACAAGGGCAUGGAGCUCCGCCAGCUUAAGAGAAAUCUGAGUGAGAGUGAUGAUCCCUUCACACAGCAAUUCUUAUCUACCAUAGGUUAUGAGAUGUUUGAGGACAAACAGCGUUUGUGGAUGGAUGAGCUGGAUGAGCUGAAGCAGAUGUAUGUAGCCAAGCUGCAGCAGGUGACGCAACAGGCCCAACGCAGCCAGCGGGCAUUUCAGCUCCAGCUCUACAAAGCUCAGCAGGAAAAGAAGCGGCUGCAAGAAGAGCUGGACCUUCAGCAGAGCCAAUGUGAGGAGCUGAGGCUGCAGCAGCAACAGGCAGAGCGUCUGAGUCCCAAGUUGGAGGAGACCAAGUGGGAGGUAUGUCAGAAGACUGCAGAGAUUUCAUUGCUCAAGCAGCAACUCCGAGAUGCUCAGGAAGAGAUGGCCCAAAAACUUGGUGAAAUCUUCAGUUUGAAGACACAACUGCGGGAGGCCCGAACGGAGUUGCAGGCGAAGGACUCACAGCUGACACAGUUGGGGGACUCUUUCCAAAUCAUGCCAGAACAUGGCUCCCCUGUUCCUCUAAGGGACUCUCCCGUGCAAGCAUGCCAGGACUUCUUGGGCUGUGAAACGGAUGAUUCUAAAUGUCGGGGAAUACAGGGGGAGAGUGCAGAGGGCACUGAGUGGCUGUGGGCAGAAUUGCUGCGGGAGAGGCGUCAGGCCCAGCUGCAAGCUGCAAACUUUGAGCAGGAGCGGAAAACCUGGCAGGAGGAGAAGGAUAAAGUCCUGCGCUAUCAGCGGGAGAUUCAGGCCAGCUAUAUGGAGAUGUAUCAUCGGAACCAGACUCUGGAGAGGCAGCUGAAUGAAUUCCGGCAGUUCCAAGCUGAGCCCAGAGGUAUCAGCUCAGAGCCACCUUGGAUUGAAAGAGUUGAGUCCUCAAAGAUCUGAACAGUACGCAAGUGGCCCUGUGCUGGAAUUACAAAGGGGCAGAGGCACCACACUGCAGUGUUGACCAUAGGGUUUGAUAGAAAAAGUGGCUGAGCUAAAGACCUGUUAACCUAGCCCAUUCAGGAUUUUGCAAACUUCUGCCAUCUGUGGAGUGGAAUCCCAGCAUUACACUUGGCAUUUUCUGUCCAUCCAGGCAGGCUGUUGCCAUCCUGUCACUGCUGUCUUGGAGGACAGAAUGCUUUCCUAUUGUGUCCUGCUUUGUGCCCACACUGGCACUGUCCGUCAGGAUGAAAGGCUUGUUAUUGUGGAAUGUGAAUGCCAUGAUUGGGAGCUAUGGCCUCUCUUGAAAAGGCCCAGUUGAGGGAAAUUAAUGAAGAAUGUGUAGAGGAUUGUGCUAGCAAGUAGUGAAUCCUUCAUGGAGCUGGGGCUUUGUCUCUUCACAGCUUGAGACUUGGCCUGUUUUGCUAAGAAGGGAAGGUUGACAGCAAACCCACCUCAGCAUGAGACUUGCCCCAUAAGAUUUGUUUUCUGUCCCUCUGGCUUGUCCUCAUGCUGUGUCGGGUUUUGAGGCUCCAGUUGUGUGUGCCUUGUAUUGUAAGCAAGUGAGAGAAAUCCUUCUGUGUUUAGCUCCAGCAUGUGCAAGAAACUGAAGCAGAAGCAUCAGCUUCAUUGGUCAAAAAGCUCAAAAGCUCACUGAAGGCCAAACCGUUUGUGCUCAUUCAUCCAAAGGGCCGUGGGGCAUGGGCAUCUGGCAUGGGCCACUUUCUCCAUAGGCAAUGAGAGAGUGGGGAUGAGACUGUGGGCACUUCUAAUCCCUCUGUUCUAUUGCUGCUUGGUGCCCCAGUUCUGGAUUUGAAGGAUCUGGCCAGAGUGAUGAGUCCUGAAAUGGAAGCUCUGCCUGGCAAUUUCUGGAAUAAAAAUCUGUCUGACA